CAACAAUGGCUAUGAGAAAUCUCUUAAGCUUCUGCAUCUUUUUCCUUAUAGCUCUUGCAUAUUUUUUUCCUCUAACGAGCGCUGCAAUUCCUGCAAAACGCUUUUAUGCUCCAUUUAAUCGAACUAGCUUCCCUCCUGAUUUUGUUUUUGGCGCUUCAUCAGCUGCUUAUCAGAUCGAAGGAGAGGCGCUUAAAGGAGGAAGAGGACCUAGUAUAUGGGACACUUUCACUCGACAGCACCCAGAAAAGAUCUUUGAUGCUUCUACAGCAGAUGUGGCUGUUGAUUUCUACCAUCGCUAUAAGGAAGACAUUCAACUGCUUAAGCAAGUGGGAUUAAGAGCUUUCAGGAUGUCAAUCUCUUGGUCUCGAAUUUUACCAUACGGUAAGGUUAGCAAAGGAGUGAAUCCAGAAGGCAUCAAAUUCUACAAUAAUGUGUUCAACGAGCUAAUCGCUAAUGGUAUAACUCCUUUUGUGACUCUAUUCCAUUGGGACACACCACAAACCCUUGAAGACGAAUAUAAAGGGUUUCUCAGCUCAAAAAUAGCGAAAGAUUAUGGUGACUUUGUGGACAUUUGCUUCAAAGAAUUUGGGGAUAGAGUAAAGCAUUGGAUAACUCUAAAUGAACCACUUUCUUAUAGCAUGAAUGGAUAUACAAAAGGAACCUUUGCACCAGGAAGAUGUUCUAAAUAUGUAGGUAAUUGCACUGAGGGUAACUCUGCUACUGAGCCAUACAUUGUUGCUCACAACUUGCUUCUAGCACAUGCAACUGCUGUUAAGAUCUAUAGAGAUAAAUAUCAGAAAAGUCAGAAAGGGGAAAUAGGAGUUACUCUGGUCACUCACAUGUUUGUGCCCAAAAUCAAUACACCUCAAGGACUCAAGGCCCCACUAAGAGCUCUUGAUUUUAUGUUGGGAUGGUUUUUGGAUCCAAUAACAUAUGGUGAUUACCCGGCAAGCAUGCGAGCUAUGGUAGGACGUCGGCUCCCAAGAUUCACAGUUGAGGAAUCAAAGCUAGUGAAAGGUUCAAUGGAUUUCUUAGGGGUUAAUUACUAUACCACAUAUUAUGCUUCUCCAUUGCUCUCUGUUAAUAAAGUUAAUCUCAGCUACACCACUGACAAUCAUGCUGAUCUUUCACCAUUAAAGGACGGAAAACCUAUUGGCACACCGACUGCCUUGGAUUGGCUUUUCAUUUAUCCAAAAGGAAUCUAUGGUCUCAUGCUUCACAUCAAGGAAAAAUAUAACAAUCCUCCCAUUUACAUCACUGAAAAUGGGAUGGCAGAAGCCAAUAAUAGCACAAUGUCACUUAAAGAAUCUUUGAAUGACGACAUGAGGAUAAAGUAUUAUGAGGGCCAUCUAUGGUUUCUAUCAAAAGCUAUUAAGGCUGGAGCAAACGUUAAAGGACAUUUUGUGUGGUCAUUCUUAGAUGAUUAUGAAUGGGAUGCUGGUUUCACUGUGCGGUUUGGCCUCACUUUUGUUGACUACAAGAAUGGUCUUAAACGAUACCAUAAGAAAUCUUCUUAUUGGUACAAGAAAUUUCUAUUGUACACUGGCCUAUAAAUUAUGUCACUCUUUCUAGUAGCUCUACUUUGGAAAAUUGCAUUUUAUUUAGAGGUCCAUGUGAAUUUAAGAGCUCUAGCUACUUGCACUCUCUGUUGAGUGUUGACAGAAAAUAAAUGUCCUUUACUUUUAUGUCAUCAAGAAUAACAUGGGAGCACCUCCCUAUUAAUCUUAUCUA